ACUCACCAUCUUCUUAAACACCUGAGAUGUUGGUCAGGAUCGAUGUGUAGUGUAUAUCUUCCCUUUUGAGAUUAGUAUUCCCGUCAUAACGCAAUAUGGGCGAGCUAGAUCAACUGCGUCAGGAAACGGAGCAACUUAAGAGUCAAAUCAGAGAAGCACGAAGAGUUGCUGCUGAUAUUACCUUACAACAAGCAACUGCGGAUGUGGAGUAUAUUAACCGUACUCAACUACGAAGCAGGAGGACUUUGCGGGGCCACCUGGCGAAGAUAUAUGCCAUGCAUUGGUGUUCGGAUUCGCGUAAUCUAGUAUCAGCUUCGCAAGAUGGAAAAUUAAUUGUAUGGGACGGAUAUACUACCAACAAGGUUCAUGCUAUUCCUCUGAGAAGCAGCUGGGUUAUGACAUGCGCAUACUCACCCUCGGGUAAUUAUGUGGCAUGUGGCGGUUUGGACAACAUAUGUUCAAUAUAUAGCCUAAAAACACGUGAAGGAAAUGUUCGGGUUAGUCGGGAGCUUCCUGGUCACACUGGUUAUCUGUCUUGUUGCCGUUUUGUGAAUGAUAGCCAGAUAGUUACCACAUCAGGUGAUGGGACUUGUGCACUCUGGGAUAUUGAAACUGGACAACAGAUUGCUUCUUUUACCGGACACACAGGAGAUGUGAUGAGCUUGAGUCUUGCACCGAAUCUCCAGACAUUUAUUUCGGGUGCAUGUGAUGCUUCUGCAAAGUUAUGGGAUUUACGAGAUGGUCAGUGUAAGCAAACAUUUUCUGGACAUGAAUCUGAUAUCAAUGCUAUCAACUACUUUCCAAAUGGUAUGGCUUUUGCAACAGGUAGUGAUGAUGCUACAUGUCGCCUAUUCGAUAUACGAUCUGAUCAAGAAGUUGGAAUGUAUAGUCAUGAUAAUAUUAUCUGUGGAAUUACAAGUGUAGCUUUCAGCAGAAGUGGUCGACUUCUUCUCGGUGGAUAUGAUGAUUUUAAUUGCAAUAUUUGGGAUACAUUAAAACAAGAACGCUGCGGUAAGUAGCUUUACUGGCCUCGAUGUUUGUUGUUGUUGUUGUUGGGUAAUUUCAAGGGUUUCGUUUUAAGCUCACCUCCUACUUAAGAUUGAUUUGUACAAUUUUGUCUCAUUUCUUUGCGUUCUGGGUAGAAUGUGAGGCUACAAGCUUGAGCUUUAAAGUCUCAUUAGUGGUGUCCUUAUUUACACUCAACCUGGCUUACUACCGACACUAAGCAGGGUUUAGGAGUGCGUUGGCUACGGAUCGAACCCCAAACCCCGUGUGUGGUUAAUGGUUAUUGUACCAGUGAACCAUUGACUCCCAGUUUCUAAAAUAAUACACUUCUAUUGUCCUGAACAAUAUCUUCAUGAUUACCAAUCCCCUGCUUGAUUCUCCUUGAUUUCUUUUUGUGCACAUGGCUUGAAUUGACCGUUUUUCUGACUAAAAUAAGCAUAGUUACUUCCCUGGUUGAUUGAGUUUCAACAUAGAACUUUGCACAAAAGUGUAGCAGUUCAGCUUCCUACAUUACAUGGAGCAGACAAAUGUAGACAAAAGAGAGAAGAAAGGAACUUAAAAGAAUUAAGAUAAACAGAAAUGUACAGGCGAAAGAAUAAUCACGUGUAGAAACAUGAGAACCUGGGUGAACAUGAAAACCGGGUGAUUAUAGAGUGAAAGCAUCUGUGUCACUGACAACUAUUUUGUGCUAAAUCACCAACAGACUACUUACCCAAUAGUUCUCAGUGUCUUCAGAACUCAAAACAAGUCGUCUACAUCUCCUUUCGGGGCUGGUUCGAAACAACUGUCAAAGUCUUCCUAGAGUGAUGUCAGAUUUUGGUUUGACCACCUCUAGCCCUUUUCCAACCUAGUCCUAUGUUAGCUUGCCUGUGCGUCGGUGGCACAGUGGUUAGGACUCUCAUCGACCAUGCACAUGGUCCGAGGUUCGAUCCCCUGCCGACGAACACCUGAUAUCUAUGGUCGGCCUGCAAAAUUUGGGCUACCGAUAUCCAUGCUGAAAAUUCCAUACUUGUACCAAAAAUACAGUGUGGAAUCAAGCUGUAAUC